GGCUAAACAAGACAGGCAGCAGGACGCAUCGCUACAAGUACAACGCCGCAUAUUUAGAUUUUAUGACACGUACGGAUGAUGGAUAUGUUUUAAUAAGCCAAGGCAGGAAACUUUAAUUACUGCUGAUGCGAUGUGAUAGCACCGUGACGCGAACUAGCUACUGUUAACUGCUAUUAGUUAGCAAGUUAGCGGAUGAUAGCUGGGUUAGCUGACGUAAACCAAGCAUUUAAAGGCAAAAAGUUGUUUUAGAGGAGAUUUUGUGCGAUGUCUUUUAGUUAUUUAGCAUAUAUGUGUUUUGUCACUACGUUGACGAGGAAACCGACCGGCUAGUCUAAUGUGUUUACAUCCUCCGGCUGCGGUGCGUGGUUGAAAUUCAAGCUAGCAGAACGAACGUUGAGUUAGCAUUGCGGCUAGCUAAAUAAAAGGAAUCAUUCACCAAACUGGACAAAACGCUGGAUUUAGUCGGGUUCAAAGCGGGCUCUGUGGGUUCGCUGACACCCCAGAAGAAAAUGAAAAAGAGGAAGGAGCUGAAUGCCCUGAUCGGACUUGGGGAUAGUAAAAGAAAGAAGACUAAGAAGGGCACCGGGCACCGACUUCUCCGAACCGAGCCGCCGGAUUCGGAAUCUGAGUCGAGCUCGGACGACGACGAAUUCAGCAACCUGAGCAGCGGAGCUAACUUUGGGAAAAGAAGCUAUGUACAGUGCUGCAAUGUGUGCUACCCCUUGUUUCUGUUCAUCAUACUAGCUGCCUGUGUAAUGGCCUGUGCUGGACUCAUAUGGAUGCAGAUAGCCCUGAAAGAAGAUCUAGACUCAUUGAAAGAAAAGAUGCACAGCAUGGAAUCAAGCCAGAAGGUGUCAUCAAGUGAAAUACCAAAAUUAAGCGAGGACUUGAAAAACAAGGAGAGAAAGCUUGAUGGCAUUGAAAACGGAGACAAGGGGUUGGGCAAACUGUGGUCAAACCUAACAGAAAUGAACAGAAAGAUUAAUGUUCUAGACACUGCUGUUAACCAUUUGAAGGCUAACUUGAAGUCAGCUGCUGACCUAAUCAGCCUUCCCACAACAAUUGAAGAGCUUCAAAAGAGUGUUGCUACAAUUGGAAGCACACUAACAAGCGUCCAGCAUGAUGUGAAGACCAUGCAGACUGCACUUGAGAAUAAGAAAACAGACGAUGAAUUGAAGAAGACAAUGGACAUGACGGACCUGAGGAAAACAGUGACCGAGGCAAACAAGACUGAGGCGCAACACCACACAUGGACUAAUGAGCAGAUUCACAUUCUUCUCUCUGCAGUCACAGAUCUUCGUCAGAGAGUGGCCUCAUUAGAGAAUGGGUCAGACCAAAGUGAUAAUGCAGCAGCUCAGCUUAGUCCAAGUCCAACAACUGAAAUGGUUGAAGAUGCUGCUACAACCAAAGUGACAACUGGAGAGCUGUCCACCCCACCGGCAGAUCUACAGACAAGCAGGCAUCCACGCUUCCUAACCCGCUCCAAGAGAAACGCCGAGUCAAGAUGCCCAAAGAAGGUCUCCCUGCCUGGCGUCGGUUCUCUGAAAGACUUGGAAGACAUUUUCAAGCAGGCAGGUGUUGGAUGUAAUUCACUUGGCUUGACUUAUCAAGACCUGACAAAAGUUUGUGGAGCAGCGACUCCCAGCAAGCGUUCUCUGGAAUGCUUUGACGAUGACAGGGAUCGGAGGUACUCCUUGAUGGAAUUGAAGACUGCUGUUGGUUUGUAAGCACAUUAUCAUUGACAGCAGUGAACAGUAUUGAAUCUCUGCAAGGCCUGGAGGUUUGGAAAUCCUGACCCUUUUCUGUAAUUGCUGCACUUUUGUGAACUGAAUAUUUAUCAUACUGAUAUUGAACAGAGAUGCUGGCAUGCCCCCAACUCACCCACCCCACCCCCCACUCUGUUUUCAGUUUUCUCCUCUAUUUUUUUCUUAACCAACCGUUUUCAUCUUGAUGUAACAUCUAUGUUAAGCUUUUGUAGAGGCCGUAACUAUCAGCCUGUUGGAAAUGUCCUGACCCUUGACACACCCACAUGGUACAACUCAGUUUGAACUUAUUUAUAGAAUUUGGGGUAGACUUUUAUGAAUGUUUACAAAUUACUACUAGACUUUUUGUGAGACUUUAGCUUUUAGACAGUUUCGUAACUUUCCUGGAACACACAGUUGAGCAUAAUAUAAAGCCUUUUAUAUGCUCUUUGAUAACACAAAUCUAAAGUUUCUGAUUAAUUUGUUUUCCUUAUUGAUGUUUAACUAAUUGUGAUUGGAACUGUAUUUAGUACAUCUUUACAUUCAUCAGCUUUGUUUGUUUUCGUUGCAGUUUAUAGUUCCAAGUGAUUUGAAGGGCUAUAAAUAAUUUUUGAAUUUCGAAGUGGUAACUCGACGCAUAUGUAGCAAUAAAAUAUGGAUAUUAAUGAUUAAAAAGGCACACCUUGCUCACUAGUCACUCUGUGUAACAGGUAGUAUAAAAAGCACUGACCAUCACUCCUUUACUUGAUUCAUGUUGUGGGCCUAAUGAGGGUGUAUUUACAUAACAGAUCUGUCAUAUGCAAACAAUGUUCUCUAUAAAAAUUACUCAAAUGUAUUCUCAGUCAAUUCACUAGUGAACGGGGUUAUAUUGGCAAAAUUUUUCUUUAGUCUUAUCAACAUUGUACAUUUUUAAAAAUAAUUCCGUUGCGCUUUGCAUGUUGCUUAUAAUGUAACAUGAGCAGAUUAUUUAUGAACGUAACAUAGUCGACUGCUUGAUUACGCAGGACAGUGGUUAGGUUAGCUUCUAAUGUAACAGCUUUGUUCAUCAUGAUGUAAACCUUUGGACCAUGCUGCUACUGUACAUGAGAAAUUUUUUAUGAAUGUGUUUUUGUGUGAGCACCAGUGAAUAAACACACAUUUAAAGGUU